GAAAGCAUUUGAGUGGGCAGGUGUGUGGUGUGAGGUGUUUAAGGCCUUCCCCUCCAGCAGCCUGCAGCUCACUCAGGUUCUCUACUGAUAUGAAGAUGUGUGGGCUGCUCACCGGACUGCUCAGGCCUCGACUGGCUUCUCUCCCGAGGGCACGAGUCAUGGUUCAACAAAAAGCGACCUACGUCCACAGCAAACCGCCUAAAAAUAAAGUCGGUGCACUGGAGUCUAUGUUCGUGCUGACUGUGAUGACUCUGACAGUGAUGGUGCCCUCUGGUUGGGUCCUGGCGAACCUGGAGGACUACAAAACACGGAAGUGACGAAUGCAGCCUUGAAAGCAUCGUCUUUACCCGUGAAAACCACGUGUUUGCUGUAAUGUGUCAUUUGAACCUUUUUGUGUGAGUCUCGGGGACGUGAUGUUAACACAAUAAAAGCAAGUCUCUCAAUUUAA